AUGGGUUGUUUUGUCAGCACAAAUAAAACUCCCCGAUCUCCUGAAUUCAACCGUCAUUCAUCAAAAUCAAGCAGAGCUCCGCCACCGGUAGACGAAGAGACGGUGAAAGAAGUGCUUUCUGAAACUCCCAACCACAAGCAUUUCUUAAAAAUCGAAGAUGAACCCAGAAAGAGUGCACCCCGACGGAGCCUUCACAAGAUCCAGGAUCAACAGCAUAACAAUCUUGACGAUCUUAAUCUCUCUGAGAUCUGCAGUACGAUGAGCGAGAAUGUCUCAACCACCACAUUUGAAGAAGAAAAUGAGGUUAUUCGCAGGAGAGUGACUGACAGAUCUCCGGCUAAGCGAAGAAACCAGCAGCAGAAUUCCGGUGAGCUUCGAGCGGUAAGAAAUUCCCCGGUGAGAGGCAAGCAACAGACUCCCGGUCGUAUCAGAUCCGUAGGUGAAAUGAACAACCGUGGUUCCGGGUUUGGUUCUAAUGGCCGACAAAGGCCGGUGUCGGGAACUGGACAGGAGUCCCGAUCAAGAUCUCCGGCAAAUCGUACGACGGUCAGAGGAGGAGGUGGUGGGGCUAGAAAUGGAAUAGGAAGGAGCCCGUCUAAGAGGAAGACAGAAAACUCUCCCGGUCGAUUCAGGUCGGGUUUACCGGAGAGGGUUCUGAAACCCGAUUUAGGUUCGGGUAUAGAGACAGAAGAGAGUAACUGGGCUCCACCAGACAGAAACGACGACGAAUCAUUUGAAAACCCCCUUGUGUCCUUAGAAUGCUUUAUAUUUCUAUAG